AGGGGGGGUGUACUGAGCUGAGAGAAAUCUGUCAGAUUCAAACACUGCUCUCUGUGUGUGUGAUAGAGAGAACGAGGGAUGAGAGGAGAGGAGGAGAACUGACGAACAGAAAGAGAGACACAGAGGACAACAAAGUGAGGCCAGCUCACCUAUGGAUCAGCACUCAUAUCAGCAACCCAGGGGAUUCCUUGAACAUAUCGACCCGACUGACAUCCCCACAGAGAGCAGCAGAUCAACACUGAUGCCGAUGCGCUGCACGCAGCUGUAGAGCAUCAAGGCCAAGGGGUCAGGGGUGAAAGGUCACGGACUACAGAGCCGGAGCAGGCGCUGAGGUUAAAGGGUUUCAGAAGUGGCUGACUGAGGAUACGAGAAGAAUCAGGGUUCAGGAAGGACGGUCUCAGUGACAAACAAGAGUCAGGGGGUCAAGAUGAUGACAGCACACGGAAAGCUGAGGAGGGAGAAGGGGAGUCUGGCAGAGUACGAAUCUCAGAUGAAAGACCUGCGGGCCCAGCUGACGGACCAGAUCAAGAUUUUAGACUCUCAGGUGGAUGUGAAACAGCAGCAGCUCUCAGACCUCUCUGAGUUUCUCCGGCGUCGAGGAGACAUCGAGGCUGAAUAUGCGCGAGCCCUCGACAAACUCACAGAGAGAUUCACCCACAAGACUAAAAAGAAGGAGCAAUGGGGUCAGUCUGUGUGUCAGGUCUGGUCUGUCUUGCUGACUCAGACUCGUCUGGAGAGCCGGGAACACGCAGCACUGGGCGACACCUGCUGCAACACACUCACACAGAGAUUGGCACACAGCACAGAGGACACACACCGCCUGCACAAACGGAGCAAAGAAGUGGGCAUUCAGAUGCAAGAUGAACUGUUAAAGGUCACCACAGAGCUGCAGAUGGCUCUGAAGACGUACAACCAGUACCACACAGACUGUCUGAUCGCCGAGGGGAAGCUGAAGGAAGCCGAGCGGUUGGAGGAAAGACACACCGGCAAGUCAGCUGAGCUCGGCCUCGGCCAAUCGAGCGGACAGAGACGGAGCUCGGUGAAGAAGAUUGAGAGAUUAAUGGAGAAAAGGCAUGGCAGAGUGCAGGAAACCCAGCUGAAGUGUACCAAGGCUCGUAAUGACUACCUGCUGAAUCUCGCAGCAGCCAACGCAGCCAUGAACAAGUACUACCUGCAGGAUGUCAGCACUCUCAUCGACUGCUGUGACCUGGGGUUCCACCUCUCCGUGGACAGGGUGAUGAGGUGCUACCUGUCCAGUAGGUGGCGCAUUCAGAAGACGGAGGAGACGGGGCUCAGGCAGCUGGAUGCGGCGGUAACGUCCCUGGACCAGGGAGGAGACAGAGAUGCUUUGCUACAGCAACAUGACUCCGCCUUCUGCCUUCCAUUUAGAUUCAACUACCAUCCACAUGAAGGAGACCAGGUGUGUGAGGUGAGUGCAGAGAGCCAGGUGAGGUACGAGCUGGAGACCAGAUUCCAACAGCUUCAGUCCCGACUCGCUUCCGUGACCCUGGAAACAGAGGAGGUCAGUAAAACCCUUAAAGCCACACUCAGCGCCCUGCUGGACACCAUGUGUGAGAGUGACACCAACCCCUCCCCUGACGUGCCCAGCACCCUAUCACACGAGCCCCCCGGAGGAAACACCAUCCAAAAACUCACCAUUGCCAAGCGUCGAGCCAAUCAGCAGGAGACAGAGACUUACUAUUUUACUAAAGUUAAGGAGUUCCUCAUCAGCAGUUCUCUGACCUUCAAACUUCAAGCCAAACAUGAUCUUCUACAUGAUGCCAUACAGAAAGCCGAGGCUGUGGACAGUGAUCCUUCAAGAACGCAAUGUGCUCGGUCAGUGCGUGUUCGGAAGUCCAGACCUGUUUCCCAAUUCUGCCACACACUCUUCACCACAGACAUAGUCUCCUACAUACAGAGCUCUGGGCAGCAGAUUCCUGUGGUGGUUGAAAGCUGCAUCCGUUUCAUAAACCUUCACGGCCUACACCAUGAAGGGAUCUUCAGAGUUCCUGGGUCACAGCGGGAAGUUAACCUCAUUAGAGAUGCAUUUGAACGAGGAGACGAUCCUCUGUCUGACAGUGAGUGUGACCUGGACUCUGUGGCUGGCGUGUUGAAGCUGUACUUCAGGGGCCUGGAGCCUCCUCUCUUCCCUUAUGACAGCUACUCUCAGCUGCUGGAGUGUGUCCAAAUUGAGGAAGUGACCGAGAAAGCGGCGCAGAUUAAAGCGAUUGUUUCCACGUUCCCACGACCACUCCUCAUCGUGAUGCGUUACCUCUUCGCUUUCCUCAAUCAUGUGUCUCAGUACAGUGAUGAGAACAUGAUGCAGCCCUACAACUUGGCUGUUUGCUUCGGUCCCAGCCUGCUGAGGGGUUUGGAUUCUGAUGAUGCUGUUGCCAGGCAGCCGCAGGUUAAUGAGCUUGUCAAAACCAUGCUCCUCCAACAUGAUGCCAUCUUCCCCAGCCAAUCAGAACAGCCGGGCCCGGUUUAUGAGAAGCACAUGACUCUGGAGCAGGAGUACUGUGAGCCAAUCACAGAGGAGGGAGAUGGAGAGACUGAGCAUCUGCCCAGUGAGGAUGAGUGGGAGGCAGUGGCCAUGUUCGACUACGUGGCGCGGUCUCCUGCAGAGCUGUCCUUCAAGCUGGGAGAACUCAUCAUCCUUCACAGCAAGGCCUCCUGUGAUUGGUGGAGAGGAGAAGUUGGAGGAGUUAAGGGACUGAUCCCUCACAAGUACAUCAGCGUGCUGGAUGGGUCAGAGCGAGGGAAACGAGAAGAAGGAGGAGGAGGAGGCAGCACUGGAAACCUGACAGUAGAAGAUCCACAGAUGGAGAACACAACUCGGAUGCGGGUGAACAGUGACAGUGCUUCGUUGCCCGGGAGACAGAGAGGAAGCGAGGGGAGCCCCAAUCGAAAGCAGCCAACUUCCCCCGCCACACGACACCUGCCAGUGUCUCAGGAGAGAAGACACACAUUGGACACUGUGAGACAGGCUGGCUUCAGACCUACAGACAGACCUCCAUUUGGUCAGGCAGAGAGAGCACCUGUUGACAAGGAUAUGAUCAGCCGUCAGAUGAACUCUGUGUUCAAGGAGCUCCUGUCUCGCCAGCCUCCUGUGCAGCAGUCCGCCCUCGCCGCCCUCGCCACCCCUGCCGUCCCCGCUCCAUCUUCUGCCUCCUCCACUUCCUCUCUUCCUCAAGCCGGCCCCAGUGCCAAAAAAGUAGGAUUUGGCCUCAGAGGACGAGCCCUAUUCAGACCGGUGGACUAAGAGAGAGGAGAGGAUGACUGGAAUCAUUAUUGUUUAAAAUUAAUAAUUAUACUGAUGCCAGAAAUACAUUUGGGGAAGAUCUUGAAUUAUUUUUGACAGGUGUAUAAUAUUUGCGUCUCUGCCAUCUCAUAGUGCCACUAGUCUCGGUGCCGUGUUACUGUAUGUCCAGUGUGUCUGUUUUCCAGCUGGUUUUUGGUGGUUUUACGUUUUGGUCUGGUUUUGUUCUCGAAGCUUUUUGCAAUUUUGGGAGAAUCAGGGAUGUGACAUCAACAGUGAUACCACCAGACUGACUUUUUAAAGCAGUUGCCAUACAUCAACAAAAGACUUACACUGCCCCAUAGUGGCAGAUCUGAGACUAGCUCACCCUAACAGUGAUAUUUUUUUUACAAAAUGAGAACUCAUCCCGGGCCUGAGUGCCUUUACAUCUUUUACUUUUCACAUUAAUUUCACUUGAAAAUACUUGAUAGGUUAAAACUCUGCAUUGUGAUAAAACAAAAUAAUGUGACCUUUUUAUGUUCUCCCAAAGUGUUCAAUAUAAAAUAGGGAUGCACCAAAAUGAAAAUUCUUGGCCGAAAACCGAAAACCGUAAAUGAGGAAACCAAGGCUGAAAACUGAAACACCGAAAUAAAUUAUUAUGCCAAUUAUUUCUAGGUAGACCGGGGACAGUUGUAACACUUGCACGUGCUCCAAUCAGGAACAAGUUAGGAAUCACCUGACUCACUCUGCACAUGCUCACUUGAGUUGCAGCUAGUUUGUAAAGCAGUUUGAACACACUGGGUUAAAAGAGCUCAAAGUUAUAGAAAGAAAUGUCUAAAAUUUUACAACUGUCCCCGGUCUCCCCUACCAUUGCAUUUAUGGCUCUGACUGUGUACUAGCCUCACUAAAAUCAAGGAUCUCAUUGAACAUAUCAGACAACGAGGGUGCAUGACCCUCAUCUGGUUCAGAGAGACCAGUCCUUUUUUCUGCGCUCUGUUCUUCUUCUCCUCCACUGUGCGCUUCUCCGUCUCCAAGCGGGUUCUCUGCAUCCAUUGCAGCCGGGAUCAUUUCUCGUGCACGCUGCUUUAUUCCCACAUCCAAGUAAUGAUCUUUAUAAUGUAGAUCAAGUACAGUCGCGAUGAAGUGCAGAGGAUCUGAAUAGAUCUCAGUGAAACGUGUGCUGACAGACUCUAAGAGUGAACUUUUCAUUGUUUUCACUCCAUGGUCCGUCUCAACCUCUUUACUUAGAAGACGCUUUAGUGCUGCAGUUAAAGGAAGAAUGGAUGCAGACAUGUUGGCCCUUAUCCAGACAAGCGCGUACUGGCCUUGGUUUUUGCUUGCGUCAUCACAACAUUCUGUUUCGGCCGUGUUGUUUUGGUGAUAAAAGUCUUUCGGCCGAGAACCGAAAAUGCACUUCGGUGGCUGAAUUUUCGGUGCAUCUCCAAUAUAAAACCUUAAAUUUGUGACCAAAGAGUCAUAAAUUGCCUAAAUGAGGUCAAAUUGAACCCUUAUUUUCUGAAACUUCCAAAAAUUCCACAUAUUAAAAAUUGUAAUUGCAUUAUUUAUUACAAAUUCCUGCUAGUUCCAAUGUUUACUUUAUCAUGGAUAUUAUUAUUUUCAUCAUCUGUACUUUACAAUUUUACUUUUUAUCAGUUCACAUUUUAUAUCAUAUCAUAGGUCAUGAAAAUGGUUAGCUAGCUGAACAACGGCAACCAGAUCAGCCAGUUAGCCCCUGUUAGCAACAACAAAGUCAAAGCAUUUUAAAUCGAAGUAUCUUACUCACAGUGUAGUUUUGACUGGUUUAGUUAUUUAUAAAGCAACAGUAGUCAGUCAACUGAAAUACUCUGAGCCUCUGCUUAACCAGGCUGUGCAUGCUACCUAGCUAUCUGGUCAACUAACAAGGCUAAUUAACUAGCCAUGUGUACUUACACCAAGUUCACAACCCUGCUAAGCUAGUUUUCCAGCACAGGAGAAAACAACGAAUAAUCUUUGCUAAGCUGAAUAACAGGAUCUUAUUUACUUUGUCAUUUUACAGAAGCAGCUAGAUAGUUGAGUCAUAAUCAUUUUGACAUUGUUGUUUUAGCUAACAGGAGUUAGCUGGCUACAUGAUACAGCAGUCAGUCGGCUUGCUAGUUUAUCAGGCAGCUGGCUUUGAUUGACUUAAUCUGUCAUUCUUAUCAGUGAAAGGAGGAUAUAGGCCUAUAGUGUUAUAAGAAUUUGGAUUUUAUCUAAAUUUUCUUUCAUCAAUAAUCACAAAUUGAUUAUUUUUAUAUUUAUUCAUGUGAAAAUGAACUUUAGAUUAGAUUUUUUUUAAUAUUGAACAUUUUGGGUCACAGAUGUAAGAUGGGAGAAGUGUAAGCAGUUAGGUUAAUACUUAAUAGCAGCAUGCAGUACUAGCAAACACACACAUACACACACAUACACACAGAAAGAUGUAAACACAUUCCCCUUCAUAUGUGAUACAUGGCCCAAUGAAAGGCCAAAACUCAGGGCUUUUGCAGAGUUAGAGACGGGCUAGCUCAGGUUUGGUAUUGUUGGUAUAAGUGAGAGAUGUUUACUCAGGGCUUUGGUUUUACUGACUCUUCAACUGGAAACUGUGCCCUAGCCUCAAGAGCCAAAAUGGCCCCUGCGUCAGAGAGAGGAUCUAAUGACCUCAUCUGGUUUAAACUGUGAAUGCAACAACGAUAUUUGGAGCCAGGAUUGAAACUCUUGUCUCUUUCAAAUAUACAUUUUGCCCCCCUGACAAGCAUUAUGCACAAUUACCAUUCAAAUGUGUGUUACAGGAUGUUUGCAGUUUCAUGUGAAAUUACUUUGACUCCAAAAGCAUUUGAAAUGUUUUUACAUGCGGCAUCUUUCAUCUGUUGUGUUUCAGUAUUGGCUUCAUGGGAGUUGAAACCUUUUUAUCUUUUUGUUGAUUCUGCCUCUAUGAUUUAACAUCCUGUUAUUCUGGAUCACUGUUUUGAUGAUGUCACUAAAUUUACUGUGUCCAACUGUAUAUGUGGUAAAAUAUGAAUUCAAUAAAGAUGAAAAAGUGAUGAAUGAUUAA